AUGACUCCGAGUCAGACUGGCAAACACGCGGCACUACCGAUUGACGAACCACCCUCGAAGCGCAUAAGGAAUGACUCGAAUGGGACGUGCCAUGCGCCAUCCCCACUUGAGGAUGCAGGGACGUGGUCUUUCCUAGAGCGAUACCUCAAGUCCAAAUUAUCCUACGGACAGGCGGAAGAGGGAUUAAUAUCAUACCUCGGCGAUCGAUACCGCGAGGAUGACUGGAGAGAAGCCAAACUUGCGGUAUUCUCUGGUGACGGCGACGACUAUGAAGCUAUGAAUAAUUUGAUGGCCUUAAAAAGAAGGUACAUACCCGAGCCCUCUGUAUUGAGUUCGAUGCUUGUAGCUACAUUUGCAUCGAAGCGCAAACAAGUGAAACAUUGUAUUUUCAUCGACAGGGAAGCAGGAGAGGGUGACGAUGAUGAGGAGGAAGAAGAAGAAGAAGAAGAAGAAGAAGAAGAAGAAGAAGAGGGGGAUGAGUAUGACCUCCCUCCGCGUCCACGAAAAGUCACAACCUUGCCGGGACAGUCAGCUAAACAUACAUUGUCUAAGAAGAUCGAUGAGAUCUUCAACGCAUACGACGCUCAAGCUCGCGCUUCCAAGCCACCAGGAAGGCUCAGACGCAUUCCUUACAGAGCUGCCUGGUCCUCCGACACGAUCGACAACAGGAUGUAUUUGCUUAACGUUCACAGAACUGUCACGGACUACGUCGCAGAACACCUUCGAAGUAAAAAAUUCUCCGUUAUUGUGUCCCCCUGGGUACCGGGACAACUUUACGUAGUCUCAGAGAGUCCCCGGGCCAUCGCAUCAUCACUCCCGAUAUCACACAAACUUUCCGUGAAAGAUUAUUUUCGGAUCUCGGACAAAGAAUGUGCGAUAGUCGAACAUCCACAAUCCCAACUGUCCAGUCCAGGGUGGGUAAGGAUCAUACGUGGCAAGUACAAGGACGCCAUGGCCUAUGUCACAGAUUUGAAGUCGGCAAACGAGUCGCCGUCUGGUCACCCUCUUGUCUGGGUCUUAGUUGCUUUACGGGACUUUCCCUAUCCUAUGCCUAAGGGGUCUGUGGCAUUGCUGGACCGAUCUCGCCUUCCGGCUGGCAAUGCAGUAUCUGAUAUCAUUCAUGAUGGGGAAGUUGUGGGAUGUUCGUAUAAAGGAGAAGAGUACUACAAGGGGCUGUUACUAAAGAGUUUUCACCAUGAUCUCUUAAAUGUUGUCAACACCCCUCAUCCCGAAGAAAUUCAACUGCAUAUUGACUCUGGAUGGGACAGGCCCUCCAUGAAGAUCGCUGAGCGGGCAUUUUCACUGGAGUUCCUGCGCGUGGGCGAUUCAGCCAGGGUCAUCAUCAGGGAAUUUGGCGCAGAGAUUGGUGAAGUAGUCUCGACAGACCAUACAUUUGGUUCUGUCCGUUUGGAAUACAGCAUCGAGGGAGACAAAAUACAAUCAGAAGUUCGACUCCAGGACGUCGAGCACGUGUUUUGGGUUGGCGAUACUGUCAGAGUCGUAGUGGGUAUAUACUUAGGUUUAGAAGGUCACAUUGUUUCAAUGACAGACGACAUAUUUCACAUUUGUCAAACCUCUAUGAAGGAAGAGGUCAAAGUUUCAAAGUACCAUUUGGAUCGUCGCUCUUUGAAGCACACAUUACAAGCACAGCUGCCAACUCAGCAAUUUUUUGAGCCUCCCCCCGACCCCGAUGAUAUUCAAAUCAGGGAUGUUAUACAAGUCCUUUUCAGAGAGCAUAUAGGGAAAUGCGGCGUCGUAGACUGGUUUCCUUCGGGAGGGACCAUGCUGUGGUUCCGGGAUGUGAAUCCUAUGCUGACCACUGGUGACGAUACAAACUUAGGACCCCCAAGUAUUCAAGUUCCUGCAGUCAUGGUUCAACGGAUGCGCCUCCCCCCAACAAUCAAAUUUACGAAAGACAGGGGUUAUGAUGUCAGACCUGGGGAUGUGGUGAGUGUCGCUCGUGGGCCGGAGUAUGAGGCGACGGGGGUCGUACAAAGUGUCAACAUUCCAGAGGCUUGCUUGACAAUACUGUCCACCCAUGACCACACAAUCACCAACGUACCCAUCAGAUUUGUGAUGAAAUUGCGCAAUGCGAAUGUGGACUCAUUCAGUCACGUUAUCGGUAAAGAGGUAUUCAUUGUUGGAAGUAAUUUAAAGGGCUACCGAGCUACACUGUACAAUAUUGGGAGCAAGGAUUGUACCGUUGCAAUACAUGGACAGAAGCGUACAAUACUCAAACGCCCCGAUGUCAUUACCAGUUAUGGCAUGGGGUUAAAUGGUGCGAUACUCGAAGGGAAUGACCUGGUUUCUUUCUUCCCCUCCAGUUCUAUCACAAAUGCCAGCUUGUCGUCCUCUAAUGUCUUGUCCCACUGGACCACCAACCCCGAGGAUAUCGACUUAGUGCUCAACCCCUCCGGGCCAGCAACAGACAAUCGGACCGCUAAUCUCAACUCAUCAGCAUCUGACCCUUGGACUGUUAACGAGGGUGACAUCCAGGACAACAUUGAGGCUAGAGCCAAGAAACAUGGAGACAACGGCCCACUAUCCUGGUUAAUGAAGAAGAAGUUUUCUUUAGCAUUGCUUACGCAUCAUGCAUUGUUGAAAGUCUCGCUGAGGUUUGAGCAGGGCAGGUUAUGCAAACGAUUCGUAUCAACUGCAUGUCCUGACCCCUUCUGUGGCGCUAAUGGACCAGCACCUGAGGGUUGUGUUGCAGUAUUCUGCACAUCCAAUGGCGCAGGGGCUCAGAUACAGUACUAUCAUGUUCCCGCCAGUGAUCUUAGCCCAGCUCAUCCACGCAAAAAGAAUCAACAUUGCCUCGUUUUGGAGGGGGAGUAUUGCCGGCUCGUCCUACCUGUGUCAAAAUGUAACAUGAAGUCAAAGACCGUCGAGGUUUUUAUGAUGACUACAAUUACUACAACUCUGCAUUUGGACCAGAUAUGUCUUGUGGAACUCGCACAACACCGAUAG